UUCAGUCAGAGGGACAACUGGGAUUACAACAAGUGGAUUUGACAACUAACUGGACCCACGGAGAGACUGAGUACAGGUGAUGCAGUAAUGGAUAUCCAUUAAGCAACGUUGGAUUUGGGGAACCCCGAGGAGGAGAGAGACCCUGAUAAUGACGGAGUCCUCCAAACCGCCUUCAGGGAAGAAAAUGAAGGCACAUGCCCCACCUCCCCCACAGGUCCCUCAGCCUGCUCCACGUCACUUCUUCAGAAACUCUGUACCUGAUGGGGGAGGGACAUUAGCCAUGGAUGCAAAGGAGAACUUACUGAAGCCCACAGUGGAUUUCCUGCUAACUCUGCCACAGGGCUACCAAGUUAUUCUAACAGAAGAUGGAAGUAAAGCUCUGAUGGACUUGCUGGUGGAGCUGUGCAGUCGCCACCAACUGAAUCCAGCGCUUCACACCCUGGAGCUCCUGUCGCCCGAGGGACACUCGCUGGGGUUUAAGCCCAACGCCCUGCUCGGUUCCCUCAAUGUGGCCAAGGUGCUCAUCAAGGAGAAAGUCGUGGAGGAGAGAGUGACGCGCAGACCAGCGCCCAAAGUGCCAGAGAAGGCAAGGCCAGUGAAACCAGUAAGGGCUCAUGCUAAGAAAACUGUGCGUUUGAUGGUUAAUUACCACGGCAGCCAGAAGGCUGUGGUACGGGUCAACCCACUGGUUCCACUCCAUGCUCUGAUACCAGUCAUCUGUGACAAGUGUGAUUUUAAGCCCGCACAUGUUCUGCUUCUGAAAGACGGUGUCAGUCGUCACGAGCUACCGCUGGACAAAUCUCUGACUGAUCUUGGGAUCAAGGAGCUCUAUGUGCAUGAUCAGAGUCUAGUUUUGCAGCCUAAAAUGGCUUCUGCCCCUGCUCUAAACUACUCAGAUUCUGUUUGUUCCAGUACUACCAGUUUGGGAGGAUCUCAAAAGAAAAGCCUCCUAAAUAUCUUCCAGUUCAGCAGAAGAAAAUCAAAGACAGAGGCAAGAUCUAUGGACAUGGAUGACUUUGAUGACAACACAAUUCAAAAUAUAGACAUAAAAUCGAACGGUCAGUCUUCUGGGUUAGGGUCUCAUGUAAUGGAGGUUCGGUCCAGCUGUUUGGGGCAGUCUCAGUCCGUCAUUGAUAUCCCCAGAACGUCAGCCAUGGUUGAGACCAAGAAGAGAAGGGCCCCAGCACCACCUGGUGCCCUUACACCCAGUCUGGGACAAACAAGCAUCAACAAUAAUCAGGUGGACCUUGCAUUAGAAAGCCAAAGGAAAAGAAAGGCUCCAGCUCCGCCUCCCACUCCACCCUGCAUCGCCCAGACUUCUGAUGACACUUCAGCACCUACUGCUCCUUCUACCGACCAAAUACCCACCCCAGCCAGCCGCAACAAGGUGGCACAGUCAGCCGCAGUGCCUGAUGUUUCAGUUGUUGUACAAACCGUGAAACCAUCUCCCCGCAAAAGAACGGUUCAGCCUCUGCCUGUGCGCAACGUCACUCCAACUCCCAGCUCUCCGUCCCUGAGCAGCAGCACCACCGACAGCCUGGCCGUGCAGGAUUCCAGCUCGGAGUUCAGCCGCAGCCUUGACGACUCUGAUGUUGACCUCGAACAGGCCGGUUCUCCCUGCAGCACUGCUAGCACAGAAAGCGGUUCUGUGAAGGUCCAGUCCACAGCAAAAGAAUCCAUCAGCUCACCGGGCCAAAAAGAUCAGGACAUGAACUCUGACAGUAGUUCCAGGUCAGACACAGAGUUGGCGCUGAACCUGAAAUUGGAUGAAGUGGAGAACAGUCGUCACAGUGGAAUGGCUUGGAUCCAUUCAAUGAAGAACUCAUCAUCCAGAGUCCAGAAAGAAGAAACUACUGCACCUGAGGUUGAGACUUCAUCUUUAGGCAGCAGCAGUGUUGGCAGCAGCCUGCCCGACCAGGGUUACAUACCUUCUGAAGUGAUGGCAGAAGGCGAGGACUCUGGCGUCACCAGCUCUCCGUCCGACACCCAACCGACAUCUCCUGACGGGAGUUUAUCAGUGGAUGGAAGAAUUGAAAGCAGAGGAGAGGAACUUGUGGAACCACCGAGAGACACUUCUAGUGACAGCGAUGAGGGAUGUGCCACCUGGAGAUCAAAACACAGUCAGAUUGACACCAGCCCUCAGAAGCAAUCAGUCAACAGCUUUGAAGAUGACUCAGAUCUCACAGCUCAGCUCCACCAGACUCUGGCAGAUUUGGAAACAAACCUCGCAGAUCACUCAAAUAUGGUGUCAGGAAAAGACACCCUGUUUACCAAGUCCACUGACAGUAAUGAGAUACCCGUGUCUUUAGUGGACAUGUAUGUGCCAGUUACAGCCAUAGACGAAGUACUGGAUGAGUAUGAACAUAAUGGUGUGGAGGAUGAUGUGAAACUGCUCACCAAGACUGAGUCAGCUGAUCAGGAAGAUCAAGGCUUUUGUCAACCAUCCAAUGUGGAGCCACAGAACAAAAACAACAAUGCUUAUACAGCUGCUGUUAGUCAAAAAAGUAGCAGUGCAAAUUCUGAGCAAUUUGAGCAGAUGAAGAAACCGCUAGAGAACAAAUCCACGGGUGUUGAAAAGGAAGAGAAAACAACAGAGACAAAUUUGAAACAGAUGAGUAGUGCUGAUACAAAAAAUGUGAAAAAGGAGAAACAAACAUUGACUACAAGAUCUAAUGCUGAUGUGCAGAAAAACAGCAGGCCCACUGAGCUGGAGUCUGAUCCUCUGAAAAGUAAUUCUCAGUCAUUACAGAAACCAACCUGUAAUCUCUCACCAGUAACUCAGAUAUCAUUACCUGCAGAAAACAAUAAAGAGAUACAAAGAGCUUCCCGGAACAACUCUAGUUUUAGCACUUCACAAGGUAAAAUCACUCAAAACGUCCCAUCACGCUUUGGUAUGAAGACCUUUACUGUGGUCCCUCCCAAACCCUUGAACGUACAAGCUGCUGCGACUCAGCCAGCGAGGACGCUAAGCACUGGUGCCAUUAAGAUAGAUGAUCAAGGAAAUAUGGUGGCAGUAGGUAUCUCCCAUAAAAAAAGCGGUCGAUCAUCUGAAUCAGCAGUUAACGAGGGUGUUCCUCUUUGUGAAAAAGCCAAAACAUUUUGGAGCUCCAAUGAAAAAGAAGACAAUGCUGUUAUUCACAGAACAGCUCUGAUUGAUAAGACUAAGGAUAACGUCAGUGGUCUCAGCGGUACUUCUGCUGUGGAAAAGAAAACUGUGCAAAGUGCAGUUGCUGAACCCGCAAAGACAGUCCAACCUAUGGUGGUGGUGAAGGAAGAAACUAAAGAGCUUGGGAACGUUGUCACACUCGCAAAUAAAAAGGGGGUUGAGGUGGAGAGCAGGAGUUCAGCGUCGCGUUAUGUUCCGUUGCCAAGUAAGCCUGCCCUUCCCCCUCCUCUACCUGCAGACUCAAAACAGCAGCAGCUGAACUUUCUCAAACCAUCCAGGCGAACCUCAAGCAAAUAUGUGGCUUCUGCCAUCGCUAAGUACACCCCAAAGACUUCAGUUCAACCUUUUAGCAUCCCCAAAGGCCCAGACUCCAACAAGUCAUUGGAAACACAGACUGUUGCUGGCGUUCAGAGAUCAGGACCUUCCAUUCAAGUGACUCCAAGCCUUCCUGGUACCAAAAGCUCCACAAGCUACCCAGAGUAUGUGUCAAAUAGUCAGAGAGAUCUUGGAAAAGGGAAAUUAGACAAGGAAGGGUUUUCAAACCGUACCACGUUCACCAAAGAAGGUUCUGAUGUGUUGGACACAAAAACAGUCAAGAACAACAACAGUGAAUUCCUUCAAAAGAAAGUGAUGGACAAUAUUAGGAAAGAAUAUGUCAAACCAGAUCAAACCAGAACCCCUGCUCUGCACUCAUCCCUCAAACCACCCGUAGCCCCAAAGAUCACCUCUCAAGAACACAUAAAUGGCAUGAAGGAUACAGGUCAGGACAUGAAACCGCAGUCCUCAGCCACAGUAUCGGACAGUAACGUGGACGCCGGACCUGUGGCUGUGACGGUGUUCGGACCCGUUAAAAAGUUCAAGCCUGUCCUCUGUAAAUCUGUUGAGAAAGAGACAUCUCUGCACAGUAACUUGAUGGAGGCCAUCCAGACCAGUGGGGGCCGAGACAGACUGAAGAAGAUAUCAACUAACCCCAGUAAUCUGAAGAGAACGACUUACGUUGAGGAGGAGAAUGAAAGAUCUGCUCUUUUGGCUGCCAUUAGAGCCCAAAGCAUGAACAGGCUGAAAAAGACAAAAUCUAAGGCUGCCAGUGAGCUUGAGCAGUUCAGGAAGGAAACUUCUAAGGAGGAGAGAAGUGAGGGCUCCUCUCCUUCACCUCCAGCUCCGACGGGCUCUUCCCCUGGCUUUACCUCCCCACCCCCUCCUCCCCCUACCGGCAAACCUCCCCCUCCUCCCCCUGUCCUGCCCCAGGGUAAACCCAGCUCUGCAGUUCAAACAAACACUCCCAUGAACCCUGCCAUGGCCAGGGAGGCGAUGCUGGAGGCUAUUCGCUCUGGAUCUGGCGCUGGGAAGCUCAAAAAGGUCUCUGUGCCCACAAAGACGGUCCAAGUGAACGGCAGACGGGGAACUAUUCAAGCAACCUCAUCAGCAGUUCUCUGAACUUCAACAUCCAAACCCCAAUAACAAAAAAAACCCCUCAAUUUUCAGUUUGUGAGAGAACAGGGUUGGGGUUCCUAUUUGGCUUGCUUUUUCACUGAGCUUACAAAAAGCCUUUGUAAAACUGGACUGAGUCACAUCUUUAGUUAUUAUUAUUUUUUGCACUUCACAAACAAAAAGAGAUUUUUUUUUAAGUUUAUAUGGAGCAUCUGAGGCCUUAUGGUUGAAUCAAUGCAGCUUUCAUGCAGAUUUAUUAUCACUUUGAUGAUUAUUUUAUUCCUCUGUAAUGGAAGUGUUUGUUAGUAGCCAAACAUUUGUUGCAGUUCGAGCAAAAAGGUGAAGGAUACACAGGUGAUGUCUACAAUUUUCAGUUCAUCAACUUCGAAAAGAAGCUUUUUGAAAAAUAUCUGUGCUCAUUACUUAUUCAUGUUCCUGAAUAUUUUUGCCAUGUGAACCCAGAUUUAAUAUUUGAAACAGGAGCUUUGUACGAAAAAUGUGCCAAUGAAAGCAAACAUAAUGGUACUUUAGGCUGAUUUUUAGUUCAUCUCUCUUUUUUGCCUUCAGCACAAUAAGUUAUGGGUGCCUUAUAACUGUUGCUCAGUCAGUGUUAUGUAUAUGUUUGCUGCACACAUUGUCAAUUUGAUCAUAUUUCCAGAUUUAGUGAUGUUUAGAUUCACCAGCGAUGCCUUUCUUUGUGAUAUUUUGAUGCAGGAUUUGAUUGAUGACGGUCAUUUCUGACUCAGAGGACCAAAAUGAUGGUAGUUUGCUUGUGCCUGAUAGCUCUCCCCCUUCAUGCUGAAACAUCUAACCUUAACUUGUUCUGAUGUUCGCAUUGUUUUCUUGUCCAGAAUGGCUGAUAACUUGCGGAAACUUUUUGCUGUUUUGAAGCACAAUUUUAGCUUCUUUAUUAAUUACUGAGUCAUCACCUUGAUAAUAUGGAUAUUUAUUACUGACCAGCAGUUAAAGAAGCUUUUGUAAAGGAUAUAGUGCCUUAAAUUAAGAAAAGUUGCAUCAUAUUUUGCUUCUGUCAAAAUGAUUGCAUGGAGGAGCAGUGAUAGACACCAGACGUUGCCAUUAAAUGGCAUCCAUCGGUUCUUUAAAAAAAAAACGCUGAAUCACCUUUUCGAAUGAACACAAAUGCUGCUGUGCAUGUUGGAGUAUGACAAAAGGGAGUUUGGUUUAAUAGUUCAUUUGAGAUUUAGUUUGCUUUAUUUCCGACGCUGCAAAGAUGGACACAGACAAGCCUACAGCAGUGUUGCUUGUUUUGUUAUUUUUGUAAAAAUGAUGAAAUUGUGCUAGACUCGAUUUAUACCACCAAUAGAGGAAUUUAUAAGCUACUGCUUUUUUUUUGAAGAGUUGCACAAUUUGAAUUUGUUUACAUGAUUUUUUUUUUGAUUCAAUAAAUAAUUUUGUAAUUAAA